AUGCCGAUUACCAAGAAGCGCAAGGUUGCACAUGCAGCACCUGCUGCGCCCGUCGAAGAAAGCGACGUUGCAUCAAAUGCCAGCGCGUCAAGCCCUCAACCCGCCGCUGAGGAUCCUGAGGUCGAAGAUGCUUCCUCCGACACUGAGCCCAGCGCGCCCAGUGCCCCCAAAACGUUCAAAGAGCUGGGUCUGAUUGACUCUCUCUGUGAGGCCUGUGACAAAAUGGGCUACAAGGCCCCUACACCAAUCCAGGCCGAAUCAAUUCCGCUGGCGCUUCAGGGUCGUGAUAUUAUCGGUUUGGCUGAAACUGGAUCUGGAAAAACCGCCUCUUUCGUUUUACCCAUGCUUCAAGAGCUCAUGGAAAAACCCCAACCGUUUUUCGGACUCGUAAUGGCCCCGACCCGUGAAUUGGCAUAUCAGAUUUCGCUCGCAUGCGAGUCCCUCGGCGCAACAAUCAACGUCAGAUCUACCACGUUGGUGGGCGGCAUGGAUAUGGUUCCUCAGUCAAUCGCUUUAGGAAAGAAGCCUCACAUUAUCGUUGCCACACCCGGCAGACUUCUCGAUCACCUCGAGAACACAAAAGGAUUCUCUCUUCGCAACCUAAAAUUCCUAGUCAUGGACGAAGCAGACAGACUCCUUGAUAUGGAUUUCGGCCCCAUUCUUGAUAAGAUUCUCAAGGUCCUGCCGCGCGAGCGCAGAACCUUCCUAUUCUCCGCCACUCUGAGCUCAAAAGUUGAAUCUCUCCAGCGAGCCUCACUGUCAAAUCCGGCCCGUGUAUCGAUCUCUUCCAGCAAGUACGCUACUGUGGAAACCCUCCAGCAAACUUAUAUUCUUCGUCCUUUCAAACACAAGGACAUCUACCUCGUCUACCUCCUCCACGAAUUCAUCGGCCAGUCCGUUAUCAUCUUCAUGCGUACUGUUCACGAGACGCAGCGUGUUGCUUUCCUGUUGCGUGGUCUGGGCUUCGGUGCAAUCCCUCUUCAUGGGCAGAUGUCUCAAUCUGCACGUCUUGGGGCACUGGGCAAAUUCCGAUCGAAGAGUCGCGAGAUCCUAGUUGCCACUGAUGUUGCUGCUCGUGGUUUGGAUAUUCCCUCUGUGGACUGCGUUCUAAACUUUGACUUGCCAACCGACAGCAAGACCUAUAUUCAUCGAGUAGGCCGUACAGCACGUGCUGGAAAGUCUGGGACCGCCAUCUCCUUUGUCACACAAUAUGAUGUGGAAAUCUGGCAGCGUAUAGAAGCUGCGAUGGGCAAAGAGUUGGAGGAGUACCCCGCCCCGAAAGACGAGGCCAUGGUCUUUGCCGAGCAAGUGAGUGCCUCGCAGCGUGACGCGAUUCAGGCAAUGAAGCACUACGAUGAGAAGAAGGGAGCCAAGGGCAAGGGAAAGUUCUCGUUCAAGGGCAAGCGAAGUCGCGACGCCAUGGACCAGGAAGAGGGCUAG